AUGUCUGUAACAGAACUGCAAGAACGUUUGACCUUGUGUCGGAAGAAAGCGGAACGUCAAUUGGAAGCUCGACGGGAUCGGAUAAUCAGUGAACGUGAGAAAAAGAAUGCCAUGAUUCAUGAAGCGCUCGAACGGAUUGGGCUACACCGCAAUGUAAACACCUAUGUGUCAGCGAACACGAAGUACGUUGCACAACGUCCCCCAAGGGAAACCGAUGCAUCAGCAUAUUCGAUUUUGAUAGAAAACAAUGUAAAUCUAAAUAAUCCGUUCAUUCAUAUUGAGAUGAUACUGUCUCGUUAA